AUGAAGCGAGACUACCUGCCUGUCGAUUCCCUGUUGACCUGGACCAAACUGAAUAAUAUCACCGUCAAAGGGGUCACUUUCAAAAAAAUCCAAAGCGAUGGCAUAGACAAGGGGUCUGCCAUUGUAGCGACAGAGGAGAACUCUCAAGGGGAAGAUGCUAGCUCCGAUUACCUGAUUCGGGUCCCUUCCGACAUGGUCCUCUCACAGCAGCUGGUUGAGAAUCAUGCGAAAGCUGAUCGGCAUCUGAAAGAGGUUCUUGAGGCUGUAGGCGAGUUCGGCAGAACAGCGCGGGGCGCCAUUCUGAUCUUCCUCAUCAUGCAGCUCACACAUUCAAGCAAAGAGUUCUUGGGGCAACCUAAGAUCGGCGUAUCGCACCCGUGGGCGGAGUAUAUAAAAUAUAUGCCAUCUUCUGUGCUGCUGCCUACGCUCUACGAUCAUGAGGAAGUCGAGCUAUUACAGGGGACAUCGCUUCGACUGGCGGUAGAAGCGAAGAAGGACUACCUGGAAAAAGAAUUCGAGCACCUCCGCCAAUCCACCGAGAACAUCCCAUGGUGCGAGGAGCGCUGGUGGGGCGAGUCUGGCGAGCUCGACAUCGACGACUGGAAAUAUGUCGAUGCUCUCUAUCGAUCCCGGUUGGUGGACCUGCCGCGAAGCGGACAUGCGAUGGUGCCCUGUGUCGACAUGGCCAACCAUGCGUCGGAUGAUACGGUGAAAGCUCUGUACGAGGAGGAUGCGGAGGGGAAUGCCCUGCUCCAGCUGCGGGAAGGGCAGGUGUUGCAUCCUGGAGAUGAAGUGACCAUCUCGUAUGGAAGCGAGAAACCAGCGGCCGAGAUGCUCUUUUCUUAUGGGUUCCUACCGGAGGACAAGGAAGAUGCCGGGCAGGUCUUCCUCGAUCUGAGUAUUCCAGACGACGAUCCGUUGCGGAACCACAAAGCGAGCUUUUGCAAAGACCCCCCUGGAGUCACGUUCUCUCUUAUCCCUCCGACCGAAGGACGGACCACGGCUUGGGACAGCCCGUUCGCCUGGUGGGCGUGCAUCAACGAAGAAGACGGACUCAAGGUUGCCAUGCUACAGAAUAACGACGGGGGACGAGAACUCAAAGUCACCUGGAAAGACAAGGAGGUGAAAGACUCGGGGGACCUCCGAGCCUUGUUGGAAGCAGACCCCCUCUGGGACGUGUUCUACCUACGAGCCGUGGCGCUUAUCCUGGCAAGAGUGAACCUGCAGUUCUAUUUUCUCAAGCAGAUGCAAGAGGUAUCUGCGCAAAUCAGCCAAAGCGCGGACAUGCAGGCUGUAUUCCGGCCUGGGGUGCUGUCUGCGACCAGAAAGCUGCGGGACUUGGAGGAGAAAUUGUUGGAGCCGUGCUUGAAGGAGUUGGAAAACGAGCAACCUGAGUUGGCCUGGACCGGAUCCGUCCUGCGUAAUGCCAUGUGGCGAGCCAAGCUCAUGUCGCUACGGCUGUAUGGCGGCUCAGUUUUCCAAGCAAGCAGCAACGUUUCGGAUAUCUCGUAUUGCUGGGUGGAUAGACUUUGGACGUCAACAUGA